AGAACUGGGACUCGCUGGAUGAACAUGGUGUUUGUGCUGCUGACAAGGACUGUGAAGAUGCCUAUAAAGUUUGUCAGAUCUUAGACAUCCCUUUCCAUCAGGUGUCCUAUGUGAAGGAGUAUUGGAAUGAUGUGUUCAGUUUCAGAGGGAUGAAGGUCUACCAUGGCAGCAGGCAGCAGACAUGGCAGCAGGAACAGCAGCAGAGAGAGUGACCUGGGAAUGGCACAUGGCUUUUAAAACCUCAAGGCCCGCCCCCCAGUGACACACUUCCUCCAUCGGGGUUACACCUCCUAAGCCUGCCCAAACAGCACCACCAACUGGGGACCAAGUAUUCAAACAUCUGAGCCAAUGGGGCUGUUCUCAUUCAGACAUUGACUUUUUGAAUGAGUAUGAGAAAGGAAGGACGCCCAACCCUGACAUCAUCUGCAAUAAGCAUAUCAAGUUCAGUUGCUUUUAUCAUUACGCCGUGGACAAUCUUGUGACAGAAACUGCAACACAGUGCCAGUAGCUGUGAGUCUCACACUGGAUCCCUGUGUGUUGAAAACCCUCCAGGAGCAGAUGCUGUUGCCACUGGCCACUACGCAAGGACCUCACUGGAGGACGAGGAAGUCUUCGAGCAGAAGCACACUAAGAGACCAGAUGGGCUGUUCAGAAACCGAUUUGAAGUCAGAAAUCGUUUCCCAGGAUGCCCUGAGAAGAACCAUCUUCCCCCUGGGGGAGUUAACCAAAGAUUUUGUAAGGAAAAUAGCUGCAGAGAAUAGACUGCAUCAUGUGCUUCAGAAGAAGGAGAGCAUGGGCAUCUGCUUCAUUGGUAAAAGAAACUUCGAGCAUUUUAUUCUUCAGUAUUUGCAGCCUCGGCCUGGAAAGUUUAUUUCUAUCGAGGAUAAUACAGUUCUGGGAACACAUAAAGGUUGGUUCCUGUAUACUAUGGGCCAGAGAGCUAAGAUCAGCGGCUUGAGAGAGCCCUGGUACGUGGUGGAGAAGGAUGGCAUCAAGGGUGACGUGCUUGUGGCUCCCCGGGUAGACCACCCAGCUUUGUACAGGGACCUGCUUAGGACCAACCGUGUACACUGGAUUGCCGAGGAACCACCUGCUGCCUUGGUCCGAGACAAGAUGAUGGAGUGCCAUUUCCGAUUCCGCCACCAGAUGGCACUAGUGCCCUGUGUGCUGACACUCAACCAGGACGGCACUGUGUGGGUGACAGCGGUGAAGGCUGUGCGGGGCCUGGCCCUGGGACAGUUUGCUGUGUUCUACAAGGGUGAUGAGUGUCUUGGCAGCGGGAAAAUCCUACGGUUAGGGCCGUCUGCCUACACACUCCAGAAAGGCAAGAAUAAAACCAGAGUGACUCCCGAGGUCUCCAGUGACAGCCCAGGCCUGCGCCCCACACCCUGACAAAGGCCGAGCUGCUGGGAGGAAGCAUUAGAGAAGUCUGGGGCAGACGGUCAGUGAUGGGCUAGGUGCUGCCAGAUCAGUGGUCCGGCUGGCUGGCUGCAGAGCCACCUGAGGAGGGAGUGUCUGCACUGGGCUCCAGUUUACCAGAAGCAUUUGCUGGCUGUGGGUCUGCCUCGAGGGCCCUGAUGGAGCUGCUCUUCCACAGUGUAGUGCAUGGAGGCUGCACAGGAUCAGCGUUAAAUAAAACUGUCGAACGUCUGA